GAAUUUUUAACAAAAGCAACCACAAAAUUACAUAUUGUAUACCGAACUUGGUUAUCAAAGACAGUUUUCAAAGAGACCAAUAAUUCCAAUUUUGCCUUUAAAUUAAACUCAACCAAAGAUUUUGGCCUAAAUUUGAACAACACCAAAAAUUUCACUGCAAAACUACUUGCCAUUCGUAUCAACUUCAAAUUGACACAAUUCCAAGACACCGCAUCUGUUAUUAAACAUGUUUUAGAAAAGAAUAGCUGGAAAAAAAUUGGUGGACCAUACUUACCAACAAAAAAUAUCAGCACAAAUGGGGUAGGAGGUACUGAAUACAUUGUUGCAACAACUGAAGAGUCUAAUCCAAAACCUUUUCUUGGUGAUAAGAACAACUUAAGAAUAAACAUCAUCAAUAGUGACAUAACCAGAUGCACUAAUUGUAACUCACUUGAACAUAAGGUAGAUUUCUGCUUGGAAAGAUGUGCCUAUUGUUAUGGUCGUAAACAUCGAUGGAAAAAAUGUGCCUUUAGAGCUGCUGAUCAGAAGCGUGUUAGAAAUAAUGAAGCACCAAAGUUUAAAGGUUUAUAUUCCCAAAAUAAUUUUAGACCAACUAGUGAUGAAACUGGAAAUAAAUCAAAUAGAACUCAAAAUUUUGACACAACAACUGGUAAACAUAAUAGUAACAACAAUGGAAAACCUUCCCAAACAGAAGAUGAAGAUGGCUUUGUUACCAAUAAUUCACCAAAGCAAAGAAGAAGAGCAACUCAACAGCAUGAUGAUAAACCAGAGACAGUUGCACACUCAAACCUAUUUAACAACUUGCCUGAAGAAGCUGAAGAAGAGGAAGAUGAUGAACCAAUGGAGGUUGAAGAAGAUUUAGGAACUGAACAAGCAACUUCAAACAAACCAACUUCAACAAAACCAACAUUGAAUAGUGAAACUCCAAUUUUCAACUUACCAAAACAAAAUGGUAAAACAAAAAGAUCAUCUAGAUCUCCAACUAGAUCAAAUAGAGCAAAAACUCAAGCUAAAACAAAUGAUGCAACCAAUAAUGAUGAAUGGAAUCCAGGCCCUAGUUCAUAUUUUGGAAAUAUUACUCAUAUGCAUCAAACAGAAGACGCUCCUAGAAAAACAACAGCCAGUGGUGGUGAGCCAACUGGAGCAAGAAUGAAUGAUGAACGAGGAAAAAAUGGGAGUGAUGAUUUGAAUAGAGGUGACAAUGGGAGUGAUGUUUUGAAUAGAGGUGAAAAAGGGAGUGAUGUUUUGAAUAGAGGUGAAAAUGCUGGAGGUGAUAGAAAUGAUAUUGCAGAAGAUGGUGGCAAUAGUGGUGAUACUAGAGGUGGAGCUUUUAAUCCUGAAGGAAUUGAAACCAUGGAAGAUGGUAAUGGUUUUGAUGAUGAAGCAAAUGACAUCAUGGAAGAUAGUAUUGUUAUGGAUGAUGAACAAAUUGAAAUUGAAAACAUGAAAGAUGGUCAGAAUGGAAAUCAAGAGAUUGAGACUGAGGAGAAUGAUUCAAUGAAUGAUGAAGAAGAAUUUUCAGAUGAACCAGCUUUUGAUGAAGAACCCGAAACAUGGUACGACAGUACUAUGGAUGAAAGUAUGUUGGAAAUUGAAGAAACCAACGACUCUGAAACUAGAAAUCCCCUUCCAAAUAAUUACUCACAUGGAAGAGUUUUAAGAUCACAAUCCAGACAACUGCAAAACAACAAUGAAGUAUCUGAUAUUGCAGAUGCUCCUUCAAAUAAUUUAUGA